AUGACCUCCCUAGAAGAAACCGCCCAGCUGUUCAAGCAGCUACACAAACCGGGCCAACCUUUGGUGCUUACAAACGUGUACGAUGGAAUAUCUGCUCAGACUGUUGCAAAAUUACCGACAUCUAAAGCAUUGGCCACGGCCAGCUACGCCGUGGCGCAAGCACACAACUUGGCAGACGACGACCUAGAUCUCGAGACAAAUCUGCGCGCAUGCAAAAUAAUUGCAGACGUGGCUCGUGAGUUUAAAAAGCCGCUGACUGUUGAUCUCCAAGAUGGAUACGGCGAUCGGCUCGAAGAAGCUGUUUCUCAACUAGUCAAGAUGGGAGUCGUUGGAAUCAACCUUGAAGAUUACAACAAUGCAACAGGCGAGAUUUAUAGCGCGGAGACGGCCACGACGCGAAUCAAGCGAGCACUAGCAGCAGCAGCAGAUCAAGGGGUGAAGAACUUUGUGGUUAAUGCUAGAUGUGAUGGGCUGCUCUAUGGCUGGGAUCUGAAUGAGGUGAUCAGCCGGGGAAAGGCUUACCUAGAGGCCGGGGCAACAACAGUCUUUGUCUGGGGAAGAUCCAGGGGUGUAGCCCGACAAGAGGUAGAGACGCUCGUCGAAGCCUUUGGAGGAAAACUGAAUGUCAAGUUCAAGGAAGACGGCCUCAGCAUCAAGCAACUGGCUGAGAUUGGGGUGGCUCGUAUCAGCAUCGGACCGACUUUGCAGCUCAAGGCGAUGGCUCUGUAUGGAAGUGAGGCGGAUAAACUUUUGAGCCAAGUAUAG